AAAAGCAUUUUUAGUUUUUUAGAUUUUAAAAUGCUAAGUUCAUUGUCUCGCUUUCCAAUAAAUUCUGAAUACUUAUGUUGCAAAUAUUCAAAGUCAAUUCAAUGCAUGAUAUUUGUAAAAUCACUACAAAAUAUAAAAUAUUGUUCUAAUCAAUUCAACAAAAAUGAAAGUUAUCUCACACCGAAAAGUUAUCAAGUAAUUCAUAGUAAGCGAUUGGUUUCAACUUCUCAGUUAUUAAAGAAUGAGUCAAAAUUUUCGGAAGGUAACCAAGUUAAUGGAAUAGAAUCUUGUAAUAAGAAGGUUAAUUCAAAAUGGCUAACAAUACCUAACAUAUUAACUUCAAUGAGGUUGAUAGUUUCUCCAUAUAUUGGAUACCUUAUUUUAAAUGAGCAGUUUAUGUUGGCUUUUGUACUGGUUUUUAUUGCUGGUUUAACAGAUAGUGCUGAUGGUUGGAUAGCAAGGAAUUUUAGUAGUCAAAAGUCAGUUGUUGGUUCGUAUAUUGAUCCUUUGGCUGACAAGAUUAUGAUUAGCUGUUUGACAUUAAGUUUAACUGCUGUAAAUAUUAUUCCUGCUCCUCUGUGUGGUUUGAUUGUUAGUCGAGACCUAUUAAUUGCAUCUGCUGCGGCACACUUUCACUAUAAACACCUUACUCCUCCUAAAACUUUAAAGAAAUUCUUUGAUUUUGAAAAUUCUUGUGUCAAAAUGGAUCCAACUCAAAUCAGCAAGUACAAUACUUUUCUUCAACUUGGAUUAGUUUCACUUUCAGUUUCUGCUCCUUUGUUUAACUUUGUUGGACAUCCUUUAUUGCAAGUUUACUGGUACUUGGUAGCUGUAUCAACUUUGACAUCUGGAUUGAGUUAUAUUUUCAAAGAUAAAUCACACUACACUGUCAAAUAAUAUUUUUUGUACAUAUUAUAAUACAUCCUGAAAUUUGAUUGA